AUGGAAUCACGCAGCGCGCCCCCGAGCCCCGACGACUCUGGGGAAGCGGUAUUUCAUUCUCGACGUGGACGAUAUCCCCAUCAACCAUCACUACACCGAACUUUUGCGAGUUGUCGAGAGAAUACGCGUCAACGGCCUCACCACAGGCAUGCAACAUCCGAGCCAGCUUGCCCCGAUGACCGUGUUCUUACUACUGCAGAAGUGCACGAUUAUCCUUCUUCUGAAUCUGGCAUUGCUGCCGACUGUCCACAUCCUCAUACAAGCAACAAUGAUGAUAGCCCUUGUUACGAUAGGUCAGACUUUGAAGGUAUUUCCUCAUACAAUCUUAGACGAACACCUGAUUAUCACCAUGAUUGCAAGCAUUUGCCAGUAGAAUACAAUCGAAGUCAUACUCCAGAGUGCAACCAUGGCCAUAGUUCAGACUGCGAUCGCGGUAACGGACGAAGUCAAACUUCACACCGACCACACCGAAAACAUAGACAUGAAGAAGACGAUGGAGCACAGUCAUUGGAUGAACGAUGUGCCCGUGAUCUGGAUGAAAUUCUGCCAGCAAGACUAGGAGCUAUUAAUUUGUCAAGAGAACCGCCUCCCCAGUCAUGGAAUAGAAAUAAUAUUGCUGCAACAAUGGAGCGGUUUGAACCCGUUGACUAUUCGUAUGCUUAUUAUGAUCAUCAAUUAUCUAUGCCAUCUUCUUCUAGAAAAGCAAGUCGUCAACGUGGUCGAGCUAUGCCUAGAGAUCGAUCAGCGCGUCACAAUUUUGUGACAAGAUACGGUACUGAAGAAAAUAUUUACGAAGAAAUAACGGAUGGAUCCCGAACCUGUCCAAAACAUCGAUAUGGCCCUCGACAAUCUUUAGUCUCCUUAGACAGGAGUGUAGUCGAAGAAGAAGUUCGACGAGUUGAGUCUAGACAUAAAAGAAUUUUAGGUGAACUUAAUCUUAGUGUGGAAGCUAUGUUAAUGCCAGAGUGUGAAUCCCCAGACUCAGAAAGAGCAGAGGACAGAGACAAUAUUGAAGAGUUAAUGCGUGUUGGCCCCACAGACGAACUACUUUCGCCUGCUAGUUGUAAUCCUCCCGAUUUAGACAGCGGAUUUAGUGGAAGUAGCAGUGGAGCUAGUUACGUGGGAAGUUUGAGAAGGAAACCUACUGGUUCAGUGCCUCAUUUACCAGCAGUGUCAUAUGGUACCCGUGGUGUAGGUGUACGUAUUUUAGGUGCGGACGAAUGUACUUUAAGAUGUCCAAGAGAAAUACCUUCGCCACGAAGUUCAAGUUGUGGUGACGCCAAAUCAACAGGAUUCUGGAACAAAAGAGCCUGGAAAAAGAUUUCAGGAUUUUCAAGUUCCAAUAGCAUUAACAAAGCCGGUUUGACAGAUGAUCCAUGUAGGCCAAGCAGAGCUAAAUCCAGAACAGCUACUAUUCCGUACAGCUAUUCAAACGGAAAAUUGGUGGUGCCGCUGGAUUCCCUAACACAAAGCUGA